UCGUUUUACAUUUUUAGAACAUAUUUGAAAAUUUGAAAGUCAUUCCAAAGAUCAGAGUAAAUACGAAUGGCAGGAACUGCAACGGAUCCUGCAAUAGUUUGAUUGGUCAAUGAAAUACAGUUCAUCAUGGAGUACGUCGAUGCUGCAAAAAGUGAAAGCAACGACAACUCUUGUAACUCAACUUCUUAUACUGAAUUAGUAUCAAACACAAAUUCUAAUGAAAAUUUAUUGAUAGAAACAAAAGAUUCAUCAUCAAAAUAUGAAAUUCAAGAUAUACAAAAAACAGAUAGUAAUAUUGCAACUACCUCGCAAGAUCCACCCCAAGAGAAUAUAGACUUCAAAGUAAUUUAUAAUAAACAAAGGAUUAAUGUAAAUUUUCCACUUGAUGGUACAGUGGCAGAAUUAAAGGCUCAUCUUCAAAACAUCAUAUCUGUGCCUCAAGCUAUGCAAAAAGUUAUGAUUAAAGGAUUAGCCAAAGAUGAACAAACAUUAAGAAGUUUGGGUGUCACAAAAGGUGCCAAAGUUAUGGUAGUAGGAUCAAAAUUAGAUGAUGUAUUAGCCAUUUCAAUUCCAACAAAGCAGGAUUUAUCAGAUGAAGCGGCUUCCACUACAAAUAAGGAACCUUUAUCUCAACAGAAAAUGCAUAGGAAAGUAUUAGAUAAAGGUAUGCCAGAUGAUGUGAUGCCUGGUAUAUUAGAUAGUAAGGAACCACUACCAGAAUUUCCAUUGGCUGGCAUGUUAAAUAAAUCUGGUGGUAAAGUUAGAUUAACAUUUAAAUUGGAACAAGAUCAACUUUGGAUUGGUACAAAAGAAAGAACAGAUAAAAUACCUAUGAAUUCCAUAAAAGGUGUACACAGUGAACCAAUACAUGAUCAUCCAGAAUAUCAUAUUAUGGCUAUACAACUAGGCACGACUGAGGCUUCGAGAUAUUGGAUAUAUUGGGUUCCUGCGCAAUAUAUAUCGGCUAUAAAAGAUGCUAUUCUUGGCAAGUGGUGCUACUUCUGAUCAAAUAUUGAAGGAAAUUUCUGUCUUUUCAAAAACAAAGCGUAAUCAGGUGUAAGCAUUGAUACAAACACGACUGUACUAGUCACACAUUUUUAACAGUAAGUAACUUAUUUUGCGUUGGAUAAUAAUUGAUAUGUUCUAAUAAAAAUAUUCUAUUAAGGAAAUUUUCUUAGAUAAUUUUUAAUUUUGUUAAAAAUAAUGGUAAAAUUAUUUUAUAGAAAUUGACUUGUAUUUAAAUAUACUUUAAAAUCGUAAUUUCUUAAAAAAAUGUUUAUAUGAUAUUGUGAUUUUUCGAUUUAUUAACAUUUUUUAAUAUAUUGAAUUGAUACUGUAACUGUAACUUUUCUCUCUUGAUUUCUCUGAAUCAUAUGUAAGAUUUGUAAAUAUAAUAAGUUUUUUUAAGUUUUAAAAAAAAUAUGUUUAUAUUUAAAAAAACAUUUUAUUAUAUUAGGGAAAAAAAAUUAUCAUUUUAACGAACAAAGGUUUUUUGAUUCUUACAAAAAUAUAUUUAUAUUAAAAAAAAUGUUUUAUUAUUUUAAGAAAAAAAAGAAUUGUCAUUUAAAAGACCAGAUAAAAGCAUUUCAUCUUUUUUGUUUAUUUAAAUAGGAAAACUUAAAUUUUAAAAAUAAAAGUGAAAUAUUUGUAAAAUUACAUUUAUAGGAGGAAGUGAAGAAAGAAGUUAUGAUGUUGCAUUUACAAUCUUUUGAAGUUCGUCGAGAAAUAAUUCAACUUUUACUAUAUUUAACAAUAUUAAAUAUAAUAUAUAGAUUAAAAUUAUAAUAAUUUAAAUAUUCAAAAAAAUGAAUUGUUUCAUAUUUUUAUAAAUUUAUUUUCUUAAAUGUUACAUUAAAGACAAAAUUGUUGCAAAUUAAUUUGACUUAAUUAAAAAACAAUUAAAGAGUACGAAUUAUAAAUAGCAUUCAUCAAAUUGCAAUAAAUUAAGUUAUCAAGAAAUAUAGUCCGCAUUUUAUAUGAAUAAAAAAUGUAAUAAUAGGAAUGUUCGAUUAAAAAACAACGAAUUUGUCAAAAUAUAAUUGCACACGUCUUGAUAUUGGCCUACAUAUAAGACAAAAAAUUGUCUAAGAGAAUAUGAAUUAUGUCAAAAUUUUAUUAUAUUCUAAAAUUCAAGUGGACUGUAUAUCUCGACGAGCGUAAAUUAUUACAUUAGUAUUAUAACUGCUGUAAAUUAGGUUUUAUACUGUAUAACAUGUACAACUGAAAAAAUGAGAAUUUGGAAACAACAAAUCAAACUUGUAUUUAUUAUAAUAUCUAUAUGGAAUUCAUAACUAUUUGCACAUUUGAAAAAUUCAAUGUCCAUUUAAAAUAAGACUUGUACAUCAUGUUGUGUGAUUUGAUAAAAAAUAAACAAUUUUAAGUCUU